AAAGCGCAACUAAUUACAAUUGUAGAUAAGAUGUAUUACCUAAUUUAUUAAUCGUUUCUACUGGGGGCAAUACGCACGUCGCCAUAACCGUUAAAAAUGGCCAGUUUAGUGACGAAAAAGAGUGUUUUGUUGGCGAGAUUAGUUAAAAAUGUCGGCGAUUGUACUAAGAGAUUGUCUUCUCACUUUAUUUAUUAUCCUGAUAAUGAGAAACCUGUGGAAGGAGAGACUGCAAAAAUGAACAUGAUGCAGGCCAUCAACAAUGCAAUGGACCUUACUCUGAAGAAUGACCCGACAGCUGUUCUGUUUGGUGAAGAUGUUGCCUUCGGUGGAGUCUUCCGAUGUGCACUUGGAUUACAAGAGAAGUAUGGUAAGGACCGCGUGUUCAACACUCCGCUGUGUGAGCAGGGGAUCGCAGGGUUCGGUAUCGGGCUGGCCACGGCCGGCGCUACUGCUAUUGCAGAAAUACAGUUUGCUGACUACAUAUUCCCAGCUUUUGACCAGAUAGUAAACGAGGCGGCGAAGGCCCGCUACCGGUCGGGCGGCCAGUUUGACUGCGGAGCGCUGACUAUCCGCACUCCGUGCAGCGCUGUAGGACACGGGGGGUUGUACCACUCACAGAGCCCCGAAGCUUUCUUCGCACAUGUGCCUGGACUUAGGGUAGUUGUACCUCGCGGUCCUAUCACAGCUAAAGGUCUCCUCCUAUCGUGUAUCAGGGAGAAGGACCCCUGUGUGUUCCUAGAGCCUAAGAUCUUAUACCGUUCUGCAGCUGAAGAGGUUCCAGUGGAAGAUUACACCAUACCACUUGGGAAGGCUCAAGUCUUAAGAGAAGGUGACGCGGCGACUUUAAUAGGCUGGGGUACACAAGUCCACGUCUUGCUGGAGGUGGCGCAGAUUGCUGAAGAAAAGCUCGGAGUCAAGUGUGACGUGAUCGACCUACAGUCCAUCCUGCCCUGGGAUGAAGAAACUGUUUGCAACUCUGUAAAGAAAACUGGUCGCUGUCUGAUCGCUCACGAAGCUCCUCUGACGUCAGGAUUUGGAGCUGAAUUGGCCGCUACUAUACAGGAGGAGUGUUUCUUACAUCUGGAAGCUCCUAUCUCCCGCGUGACUGGCUGGGACGCUCCCUUCCCUCAUGUCUUCGAGCCAUUCUAUCUGCCUGACAAAUGGCGUUGCUACCAGUCGCUCACUGAAAUACUAAACUACUAAAGGACAU